GGCCGCCUGGCGGCCGGCGCAGAGCGGGCCGCGGCUCGACGCGCUGGGGGUACCGGCGGAAAGGGAGGAGGAGGAGGAGGAGGAGGAGGAGGAAGAAGCCCAGCGGGGGCGACGCCGGUGGCGCUGCGGGCUGACGCGCCGCCCGGGCCUCACGGCCGGGUGGCGCCCGGGUGCCGGCUCGCGGAGUCCAGCACGCGGCCUUGCGCCGUCGAGUGCGGUGUGCAGGUGGCCAGGCCAGUGGCGGCUUUGGAGCAGGACACGGCUAUCCCAAUCGAGCGGCAUCUGUCGAGAGACACUCGUGAUGCCCAUGGUGGCGAGGCUUCGGUCGACGGCAUUCGUGGUGACGAAGGGCGUCGCGAUCCAGGGCCGCUCGAUGACGCAGAGCCUCGCGAUGGAUGGCCACCUGAAAUGCCUCGUGCUGCCGAAGGUGCACAUGAUCGGGAGCCUCUUGGUGAAGAGCGACGUCGUAAACAUCUUCACAAUAUGAAUCCCGAUUUUGAAGGGCCUUGUGGAAAUAGUCGUGAUGUUGAAAGGUCUCAUGAUGGGCGUGCUGCUGGAAGGCCAUAUGCUGGCGGUCGCGAAAACGAGGGCGACUACGUCCUUGAGCAGUCCAUCCUCGAAUCCGAAUAUGUUCGUAUGUCGGGCUCGAAGGUCCCGCCGCUCCUGCUGCCGGUCUCGAGCUC